CGAGGUUUGCCAAGGAAGGGACGAGAAAUACCAUAUACCAUCACCCGAUCACCCUAUCCUAUUCGUCUUGCAUCUUAUACUCUUUCACUCGGGCCACGAUCGAGUGUCAACCAGUGGCCAGUGGCUCGUCGACGUACCACCUCAUAAGCUAAGCCUACGAAGAUAAAACAGCCCACCUCGGAUCCCUCGCAACAUCGCCCUUCCGAACAACAGCAAGAGGAAUCUCGAUUAAGAAAACGUACAUUACAGGAGUCAAGGAAUAACAUACUUAUCCGAGGAAAAUAAAAUUCGAGAUCGACCUUACUUUGCUUUUCUCUCUGGGUCAAGUAAACCGGCCUUGUCUCUUUCGGACAACUCGGAUCUCUCUCCUCUAAACAAUCGCACCUUGAAACUCGAAUCCUCGAAACCUCGAAACCUCUUAGAGAAACUUGCAUAAAAAACCAAGAUGGUCAAUAUCACCUACGGCCUCAUCUCCUCCUCCUCAAACGCCGCCUCUGAUGCCACGAUCAACCCAUAUGGGACGGAUAUGAUCGUCCUCCAGGACGACGACUCCACCUUGGCACCGUUCGACGCUGGGGAUAUAGGGUGGAUCUUGACGUGUACGGCGCUUGUUUGGUUGAUGAUUCCCGGACUGGGGUACCUCUACUCGGGCCUCGUCAGACGUAAGAACGCCCUCAGCUUGUUAUUCCUGUGUAUCGUGGCGUUGGCAAUCACUUCGUUUCAAUGGUGGUUCUGGGGCUACAGCCUAGUCUACUCGGAGACCGGCGGCGUGUUCCUCGGGAACCUGGAUAAUUUCUGUUUCAUGGGCGUCUUGGGGAGGGCGGUGCCGGAGACGAACAACAAGUUGCCCGAAAUCGUCUUUGCCACCUACCAAAUGAUGUUCGCCUGUCUCGUCCCCGCCAUCGUCCUCGGUGCCGCAUGCGAACGAUCCCGAGUCUUGCCCGCCAUGGUCUGGGUGUUUUGCUGGACGACGCUCGUCUACGACCCCCUGGCACACUGGAUCUGGAGUUCGAACGGUUGGGCGUUCAAGUGGGGGGUUUACGAUUACGCCGGUGGGAUCCCCGUCGAGAUCGCUUCUGGGAUCGGUGGACUCGCCUACUCGUAUUUCAUCGGCAAGCGACGUGGCUACGGGACCGAACGCAUCCUCUACAAACCCCACAACGUCGGUCACGUCAUCCUCGGCACAGUGCUCCUCUGGGUCGGCUGGCUCGGGUUCAACGCCGGUAGCACGUUCGCCGCCAACUUGAAGGCCGCCAUGGCAGCGUUCAACACCAACCUCGCCGGGUCCGUCGGAGGGAUCGUCUGGAUGAUCCUCGAUUUCAGGUUGGAGAGGAAAUGGAGCGUCGUCGGGUUCUGUACCGGAGCCAUCGCUGGACUGGUCGCCAUCACCCCGGCUGCUGGGUUCGUCGGCACCCCCGCUGCGGCGCUCAUCGGUCUCGUCGCCGGAGCUUGUUCCAACUUGGCCACCCGACUCAAGGUCUCGAUGAGGGUCGAUGAUCCCAUGGACGUCUUUGCCGUGCACGCCUUGGCUGGUGCGAUCGGCACCUUCAUGACCGGACUCUUCGCUCAGGCUUCGGUCGCCGCCAACGACGGCUACGCCGUGGUCGAAGGAGGUUGGCUCGACCGCAAUUUCGCUCAGCUUUACAAGCAGAUCGCUUGGAUCGCCGUCGGUACCGGCUGGACGUUCGUCGUCACCUACAUCAUCAUGUUCCUCAUCAACCUCGUCCCCGGCUUGCAUUUCCGUGCCGACGACGAGGCUCAGGUGGUCGGAAUGGACGAGGUCGAGCACGACGAAUUCGUCGCCGACUAUGCCUGGUUCCACAGGGACAUCGAGGACAGCUGGCACGCUCGCGCCGUGAUGGCCCAGAACCAGAGGGGCAGCGAAGAGGAGAAGUCGAGCACGGGACCUGGAAGCGGGGCGGUCACUACCGGCGUACAUCCCGUACCGGACGAGGAGGACCGCAGGGGCAGGCCUGUCGACCCGAAGGAGAUGCAGAAGCGGGGUCGAGGCGAGGGAGGCGUGCACGAGGACGACAUGGAGAUGGCCGAGCUGGACCAGGCCGAGGAACAGCGGAUGAGGCGAUGAGACGGGAGUGGCACGAGGGUUUGCGGUGGGAUGCAACGCAGACAGAAAAGCGAGGAGAGCAAAAGAAGGGGACGACCUCCAGAAGAGAUCUCGGAACUCUCGCCUCCAUACACCCCUCAACGCGAAACCGGCCCAGGGUUUUUCGCUUGAGCACGAGCCGAUCGAGGACUGAAACAUUCUGAGCGAGGCGGGGACGUGAUGUUGGCUUAGGGUACACCGAGGCGUCGAUGGAACACCACAAAACAAGUGCCUCCGCCCAUGUACCCGUGCAAGCGCCGCGUAUCGAAAAGAAAAAGAAAUAUAGCACAUUAGGCUUUUUAGGAUUGUACGCGAUAGAUGGCUCUUCGCUUUGUUAUGGCACUCAGUUGUUUUUCCCUCUCUCAUUCAACCCCUCCGGUUGCAGUAUAUAUUGUACUCGAUGAUCAUGCGUGUUCAUGCAUGCGAAUUGGACUCCAUA